GAACCACAGACGAGAGUAGAGCAAGAAGCUCUGCACUGUGGCACUGUUACUAGUGCUUGUCCCUCUCUAAUGGCGACUCGAAUCCCUUCGCAUAAGCUUAGCGGUGGCCUCUACGUUUCGGGUCCACCGGAGCAGCUCAAGGAGCGACAGCCAACAAUGGCGUCGCGCGCCGUCCCCUAUACCGGCGGCGACAUCAAGAAAUCCGGUGAGCUUGGGAAAAUGUUCGAUAUUCCACUCGCUGAUCCAUCUUUGAAUGCUUCUUCUUCGUCUAAAUCCUUGCACGGUAGUGGAGCAGCGCGCUCCGGAACUGAUUCUGGUGGUGCCCCGGGGAGACGCCGUGGGUCGGGUCCGAUGAUAAAGAAGCAAUCGUCCGGCCCGUUGUCCCUGCAGCCUACGGGACUUAUCACGUCGGGUCCAAUAGGAUCCGGGCCGAUUGGAUCGUCGGGAGGUGGGGGAAGGAGGUCGGGUCCGCUGGAGCAAGCUGGUUCAAUUGGGAAGACUGUUUACGGCUCAGCCGUUACAAGUUUGAAGGACGAGGAAGUGAAGGUUGGGUUUAGAGCGUCGAAGGCGGUGGUAUGGGUUUUGUUAGUAAUUGUAGCAAUGAGCGUGCUAGUUGGGGUGUUUCUGAUGGUCGCAAUGAAGAAAGCGGUGGUUCUGGUGGCUGUAGCGGCAAUUAUUAUGCCUGUAAUGCUUUUUGUUAUUUGGAACUUCGCGUGGAAAAGAAGAGGUCUAUUAGGGUUUGUGAAGAGCUUCCCAGAUGCUGAACUCCGAGGCGCCAUCGAUGGACAGUACGUCAAGGUUACCGGGAUUGUGACCUGUGGCAGUAUUCCUUUGGAAUCCUCAUAUCAGAGAGUACCUAGAUGUGUAUAUGUUUCCGCAGAACUAUAUGAGUAUAAAGGAUGGGGUGGUAAAUCAGCAAAUGAUAAUCAUCGAUGCUUCUCCUGGGGUUCUAAGUAUUCUGAGAAAUAUGUAGCAGACUUUUACAUAUCAGACUUUCAGUCUGGGUUACGAGCUUUAGUGAAAGCAGGCAAUGGUGUUAAGGUUGCUCCUUUUGUGAAGCCAGCUACUGUAGUCGAUGUAAACAAGGAAAACAGAGAGUUGUCUCAAAAUUUCUUAGGCUGGCUUGCAGACCGUAAACUCUCUAGUGAUGACCGUAUAAUGCGCCUGAAGGAAGGGUACAUAAAAGAAGGGAGCACCGUAAGCGUGAUGGGAGUGGUCCGCCGACAAGAUAAUAUGCUCAUGAUUGUUCCCUCUACCGGACCUGUAUCAGUAGAUUGUCAAUGGAAGCGAUGCCUCCUUCCAAUGUAUGUAGAAGGCCUUAUUUUGUUAUGUGAGGAUAAUCAGGAUGCUGAUGUGAUUCCUGUGUAGAACACCUCCUCCGAGUCUUUGCACGGAAAAUCAGGUUCAAGAAUCUGGAGAUUUAUCAGAUUAGAAGAUGCUAAGCAGAAUAUGAUGAUAACGAGGAUAUGAUCUUGUUCAUGAUUAAUAUGAUGUCCAUAUAAAUAUGGAGAUCCAUCGAUUCUGACUAUGAAGGAAGCUAGAAAAUGUCCUAUAGCCACGCAGUUUCCUCUUUCCUAUGAUUUUUAUUAUGUAAAUAGGCAAACAUAAUAUUCUUUCGUUUCAGCUGAUUCUAGCAGUUAAGGAGUUUUGUCGUUUAAUAUGAAAUUGUUUCAUGAUGGCUGAUAUUAAUGCGAAUAUAUUGGGUAGAACGCAAUUUGAUAGUAUCUGUAAAAAAUUGAGUUUCAUAUGCUGGUAGAAUGCCACUACAAUAAGUGGAAAGUCUUGGAUCGGGCUUUUUAUUGCCU